AUGAAUCUAAAUUUGGCCAGCCAAAUCCCACCUACUAGAAUUGUAAAUCACUUCCAAAAUCCCAACAAUAUCUCCAUACCCGGCCAACCUCACCUCGCGGCAUUUGGAUACCCGAAUAUUGUAAGUUACCGUGUUCCCUUUGGCCCAACACUGCCUACAGGACCUGCACAUAUAGGACCACAAUUUAGUGCCCCACAUUUUCCAUUCACCAUUAAUGGUGCCGCGCACCAACAAUGGGCGAAUACUUAUGUUCGGCCCCUAAAUUUCCAUUUACCACCAGCGGUAAACCGUACUAACAAUGUAUGGCCAAUUCGUCCAACCGACAAUUCACCGUGGCUAAAUGAUAGCAAAAAAACGAAACGUUCAUAA